UUUUCGAUCAACAUCGUAGUGCGUUCAAGCAGUGAGCAGCAUUUUACAAGAAGAGCAAUUACUAAGUAGAAGUAUCAUGAAAACCACACUGAUCUGGGUGCUUUUGGUGGCUGUGAUUUUCUGUGAAGGGAGACGAAGCCUUAAAGAUCGAUUUCGGAGCCGCAUCAGAAGAAGACCGAAGCCCGCCCCAACGACGAAGUUUACCCCUACAAUCAUUCCGACUACACAGGCUGAAGUCUUACCUGUUGGUAUCAACUCAGUUUAUAACAUUCCAGAAUUGAGAAAAAUCAACUCAACAAAGGCAUUUUAUGAUUACUUCAAGAAGAUCCCACGCAACGGAUCCCUUCCUGAUGGUAGACUUCCUGGCAAACAUUCAACUGCAGUUAAUACUGAUGGAUCAGUGUGGAAUUGUGAAGUUCGCCCCACCUUAGUCAGCCUUCCUGCUCCACAUUUUGGUUUACAAAUAUUUCCUCCUUGUGUAUUGCUAAAUCGUUGUACUGGUUGCUGCUUCGCAAGGAAUCUUUUGACCUGCAAGCCUCUCGAAAAAAAAAUGACACCAGUGCAACAUUUCAAUAUCUUUAUGCCAUCUGGAAAGCCUCAGGAUAUCACUUACACCCUUGUUACUACAAUGAUGGAAGAGCAUGUUAAAUGUGGCUGUGAGUGUAUCAAGACGGCUGAUUCUUGCGAUAAAAAGAAACAAGUGUGGAAUAGCAACACAUGCAGUUGUGAUUGCAAGCCUGCAUACCAGGAAUCAGAGGUGGCUUGUCAGAAACCCUAUAAGUAUGUCAAAGAAAAGUGUGGUUGUGUCUGCAACAAGGCUGAGCAGGAGUGUUCUAAUCCCCUUCAUAAAUGGAGCAUUGAAGAGUGCAAAUGUGUAUGCCGUAAUGAACCUAAAUGCAUUGGAAGACAGAGGCUCGAUGAAGCCAACUGUCAAUGUACAUCGCAACUUUCAGGACGUUAAGUAUGGACAUGUCAUGUAUCAUUGCUUUGCCUAUUUUGGGUUGCCAUAAAAACACACAAAAUAACCGUCAUGCUAGCUUUAGAGGUAAUUAAUACUAGGAUUCAUCCACACCAAGAAGCCUAGGAAAACAUGAGUUGACCUUUGAAACUUUUUCUCAAGGACAAGCAUAGUCACUCAAGAGUUGGCUGCAGGAGAGACCUUCUGCCUUGUUUUAACUUGUCUUAAGAAUUUUUUUCUCUAAACCCACAUUUUCACUAGUGAACAAGUUUUCCCUGGAAAUUGUUAUCAGUUUGAGGAAAACAGCUUUCUUCAAUACAUUUAUUUAAACAACAACAAAAACUUUGUGGAAAGCUUCAAUGUUAGCAAAUAUCCAAAAGUAAACUUUUUAGAACAUAAUUUCACUUGAACCCUUUACAAGGUUUUUGUGGAGGAGCCUCCAAAAAUGAGCUCAUGACUACUAAGGGAAACUUGAUAGCUAUCCAAAUGAAAACACAAUGCUGUAAUUGAAUUGCUGUUAUUGAAUAUUGUUAUUUCUGAGAGUAUCCAUUGCUAUUUGGCUGACAGUAUCAUAUUAUCCAAGUAUCUAUUCCCUUAGGAAAUUUCAUAAUUAUGUACUUUUUGGCUUUUAUGCCAGCCCCUUUCGUUGUCCCCCUGUAGGGUGGGUGUGGAAAUUUUUAUACUGAAAUAUUAUAGAUAAUUUUUGUAAUUACAUAUGUUUUUAAUAUAACUGGUUAAAGCUUUCUUUUAUUUUGUUCUUGUUUUGUUUGAAAACUUUGGAAUCAACAAGAAAUUUGAAGCAUGACAUGGAUUUCAGAAAUAAAAUAAUUAUUAAACAUUUUGAUCAAAUAUUAUUAAUAUUCUUUCAUAAAAAUUAUUUUUUAAGAUUUUUUUGUGGGUUUCACAUAGCCUACCAUAGUCCUUUUUGUUAACCCUUUACACCCUAACAUCAUUAUCCAUAUUCUCCAAACUCUUCCCUAUGUUUCUUUUGGUUUUGACAAGGAGAAUUCAUUUGACAGUCAAAGCUUUGUAUGUUGGCAAACAUUUCUUUUACUCUCAUGAUCUUAGUGAAUGAUUCAGCAGUGUUACUGUAAGGAGAAGUGAAAUGCUGGUCACUAUUAGGUUUUAAAGGGUUAAUAUCAUGCAUGUCUAGGACAAUUCACAACAUGUAAAAGCACAAUAAUAUAUACAGAUAUGUUCUUGAUUAUAGUGAACAAUUUAAGUUGGAGAAGGUGUAACAGUUUGAAAAAUGUAGCUUUUGUUAGCUAGCCUUUGUAGCAAGCACUUGAGAAAAGAAUGGCAAGUGAUAACAACUAAAAUGUGCAAGCAAGAAGUUGUUCAUUCAAGACCCCUUCUGCCCCUUGAUCUGCUCUUUCAUGAGCAAUGCUUGCACAUGCAAUCCUUGUAAAUCUGUAGCCAUGUUAGUUGAACAUUUGGCUGUUUUCUUUGUGGUUUGCCAAGAAAUUGUUACUUCUUCAAAUUUUUUUUGCUGUGCAACAGCAAUGUUUUUAUGUAAUAUAAUUGUGUGCUUUAGCAACUUAAGCAAGGGUAGAGAAAAAUUGCAAAUAAUCAGAAGUUGUUCUCUUUGAGUGUUAAUCAAAAUGAACAGUGACCAAAUUGUAACAUAAUAUACAAAACUUUUGUAGAGAUGGCCUUGUAAUAAAACUUUUUUUGUUUGACUGACA